AUGCAAAGCGAUAUAAUUGUAAGCACAGAUUUACCUGAGUACAAUAAAAGUAGGAUGAACGGCAUGAUGAAUAUAAGUGCCACGUAUAGUGGUAGUGGCAGCCCUGGCUGUAGGGAGCAAACGAAUGAAGGAAACACAGGUGGCAUAUAUGAAAAGGGGAAUGUAAUUAGUUAUGAUCAUGCAAGUAGUGCCACUUUCAAAGGUGAAAUUGAAAGUAGCAGCGAUUGCAAUAUAUCUCCUGCCGAGUUAAAUAUUCCAAAAUUCCCCCCAUCUAUUAGUGAACAAAACGUGAGUAGUAACCCCACCGACACAACACAGGUAGCGUCCAUAUAUGUAGUGAGUAAAAGUGAUGACCCGGCUGAGAGUGGUAAAUGCGCAGAGAGUAGCAAAUGCGCUAAUGGUAAUAGUGAAAUCUUUGUGCAAAAGGAGGACGAUGUUAAGGGAGAAAACGACGUCCGAGUGAGUGACGAAACGUUUGUGCACAAUGUCGACGAUGUGGGAAGCCUCCAAAAAAUCAGUACAUUUGAUAGUUUGGAGGCGAUUGGUGCCAGCGAGAUGAAGUCAACCGAGGCAGGAGACAGCCGCGCCGAUGUCAAUGGAGCUGGCGCGGAUUCUCCCAGUGAUGUGAAGGAACGUGGACUCGCCAAAAAGGAAUCCGGGGGUGAGGAGGCGACGGACCCAGGAGCAGAGCGCCCCAGUGCAAGCCCCUCCAGUGCAAGCCCCUCCAGUGCAAGCCCCUCCAGUAAUAACGACGCAUCAGUGCGUUACAGCCAAAGUGGCGCGGGCGACCAGAAUGACUCCAACAGCGUUAAGGCUACCAGCGACGCUUGUGAGGAUGUUUCAAAGUUGAAUUCGAUCACUGAAAGUAAUGUGAAAAUGAAUAACGUUUCUGCGUGUGCAAACUUGAUAGAGGGCAGCGAAGGGCACCCAAAUGAAACGACCGAUUGCAAGGAGGGCACCCCCAAGGAUGCUGGUCGCAAUAAUUGCAGCGAUAAAGCGGUAGGCUGCAAAGGUGUCCCGAGUAAAGAAGGCGACCAGUUCGAAAGUGGAAUCGCGGAGGAGGGCAGUAACAGGCAAGACAGCAACAGUCACGAUAGCAACAGUCACGAUAGCAACAGUCACGAUAGCAACAGUCACGAUAGCAACAGUCACGAUAGCAACAGUCACGAUAGCAACAGUCACGAUAGCAACAGCCACGGCGGAAAUAGCCACAGCGGAAAUAGCCACAGCGCGAGUGCAGGCGGGGGCGGCAGUGCCAGCGGUAGUGGAAAGAACGAUAACAGUAACAGCGGGGAAAACGCCAACAGCGGCAGCAAUGGUGGAAGUAGCAAUGGCGGAAGUAGCAAUAACGGGGGUAGCGGUAACAAUGGCGGAAGUAGCAAUAACGGGGGCAGCGGAAAUGCGCGAGGCAACAACAGCGGAGAGGAUGGGGAAAAUAACGGGGAUAAGCACAGGAAGAACGGGCACCAUGACGCGGGAAGCGGUGAAGGUAGCGGUGCUUUGGAGAACCCCAACGAGGGGAAGAGCGGGGAGGACUCGAGGAAAAAUGGAAACAGUGAUGAACGCAACAAUGAUCAAAAGAAGAACGAACAUAGUAGUAGCAAAAAUGCAGAUGCCGCUAACCGAAGUAACAACAAUAGUGAAAAUGGGAAGAAAAAAAAAAACAGUAACAACGUUGAAGGGAAAAAUGGAAGCGGCAAAGGCCAUUCAAUGUCCUCCUCCAAGUCGAACAGUAACAAUGCCUCUGCACCAGUUAGUUCACUAAACGCAGAUGCACCCGAGUUUGUGCCAUCCACCAAAGGAAUGCAAGGAAACCUAUCCUUCAACAAUUUAAUGUGGAACCAUUACUAUCCAGAUAUGUCAAACGGAGCCUUUGGAGGAGGAGUGCCAGGGAAUGGGCUAAUUAAUAACUUGGCUGCACAGGGAAGCAAUAGUAUGAUGAGUCCUAACCCUAUGUUAAGCCCUCUUGGUGGAAUGGGCCAUGGUCCAGGUGAUCUGCUAAACUUAGCGAAUUCUGGUCAUAUGUCAGCAUCGAAUGGUGGCAUCAGUUUAAACAUGCCUAAUAAUGCAAAUGUAAUGAUACCCCAAGUGAGUAAUUUGAGUAACAUGGAUACCCGAAAUAACGAUAAGGGGAAUCAUCCCAGUGGUGGUGUGAGUGGCACCACUGGUGGGAAUAUGAACAAUAAUGCAGGUAAUAAAUCUGUGAGUAGUUCCAAGUUGGGGAAUAGCAAUAAUAAUGCCAACUCGAGUGGCCAUGAAAAUAACGUAACGACAACUCCGUCUAACAUGAUGCAUGGCUCAGCAGGGACUACUGUAGUAGGAAAAGGAGGUGCAAAUAACAGUGGGACGGAAUCAAACUUUUUAAAUCAAGGUGGGAUGCUACCUGGAAUGAAGAACUUGAGAUCAAAUAAUAAUUUUAUGAACGGUUCGGAAAAUUCCGGUCCUUCCCCAUUUCACACGAUAGAUCCACAUAAUGCUGGACAUCAUCAAGGUUUUCAACCCAAUGGAUCCAUGAUGCAUUCCCAUAAUUUUUACGUGAACCAUCCGUAUUUAAUGAAUAACCAUCCGCAUGCACACCCACACCACCCUCAUCACCCGCACCCGAAUGCUUUACCUGGACCCCCUCAGUCAUUAUUUACUCCAAUGUCUUAUGCAAGUUCGAUGGGAACGGGGAAUGUACAUCAUGAUUUUCCCUUCCCACAACCACCCCCUUCUGUGUAUGGUUCCUUUGGAAACAAUAGUAACCUGAUUGGAAGUAACACGACUGCAUUAUCAUCUUCGAAGAAUGGAACUAUGAACAUGAAUCCAUACAGUUUUAUGUCCUGUGGAUUACCUGCGCAUCCUCCCCCUCCCCAGUUACAGCAUAAUGGCCCCCUAAAUUUGACUGCCCCUUUGGAAGCACACUUCAUUUCGGGCAACUCGGGCAACGCAGCUCCUCCUUUAAAAAUCUCGUAUAAUCAUGUAGCCCAGCCGAACAGACGAAAUAUGUUCAACCAUUUCAAUAUGCCCAACGUCCACGCUGGAGGUAGUAACCUCACUGAUAGCAACUUCGAUCAUAGCGUCAGUAAUAAUAAUAGUAAUAUGAAUAAUGUGAUUGGAGGUGCUGCGGCUGCCGGGGGCAUCACAUACGGUUAUGGAAAUUUCAACGCAACGCAUAAUGUUAGUGGUAGCAGCAAUGGGAAUUUACUCCCGAAUGGCGAUAAUGUUGGGAGCAACAAUAAUAGCGGUAGUGGUGGUGCUCCAAGCGGAGGUGCAAACAGUAGCGCCAAUAAUGGCGCUAACAAUAGUGGCAACAGCAGUAGUGCAAGCGGUAUGCACCUAACCCCAGGAUUAGGAAACAACAUAGGUAUGAACACAAAUGGGAGUGUCAUGUGUUUAAAUGGCCCGUUGCAUAUGACCAAUGUAAAUGCGAAUAAUGUAACUCCGAUGUCCCAUCACCAUAUGAACCAAAUUAACAACGUCAUGGCGGGAGGAGGAGGUGCCGCUGGAGGAGCUGUCAUGGGUCCAAUGACCGCAGGAGGAAUGCACAUGGGGACUAUGCAAAUGAAUCACAACAUGAUGGUGAAUGCCAUGGAGGGAGGAGUGAGCGCCCCGAUUGGAGGAGCAGUAGUUACGAAGCAGCAGAAGAGAAAUAAUACAUACGGAGAAAGGAACAUGAACUGUGGAAGUGGAAAUAAUAAUAACAGCGGUAAGUCGGGUGCCCAUCGAGAUAGCAAAGAAGGAGUGAAAGGCAACAACAGUAAUAGUAGCAACAUGAUGGCUAACAAUGCUGCUGCUGCUGCUGGAAGCGGAGGAGGAGUGUCUUCCUCUUUGACUUCAUAUGGCAAGCAGGACAGUAAGAAAGGCAACAAACACAGUGGAGCUGGAGCUGGAGGGAACAACAUGAAUGUGAAUUUUCAUGGCCAUUCCGGGAACAACGCGAGUCAUCAUGCCAUGGUCAGUGGAUCGAAAAAUAUGUACGUGAGUGGAAAGGGAGCUAAACAGGAAGCGCUCUAUGGAAGGGACGAAAACGGAAACGCGAGUACAGCAACCCCUGGAGCGACUUCAUCCCCAGCGAGCAACAGCUAUUUUGGAAAAGGAUCCACAGGGAACAAUAAUAACAACGCCAUUUUGUCAACAGGUUCAGGUAGCAAUAACGUGAAUAGUAACAAUAAUAUGAGUGGUGGUUUGCAUCAGAAGGAGUCCGAUUUAAGUGGCGGCGCGAAUGAAAAUUUAGACGACGCGAAUGCAAAAAAAAUUGCACAGUACGACGGUAGCACCAACGAAGGGGGAAAGAGUUCCUUUAAGGGAAAAACGGGAGCAUACAAUAACCUUAAUAACACCAGUAAUGCUAGGAACAAAGGAAGCAACAACAGUAGCAAUUCGAAUAAUAUGAUGGCUUCCUCCACCCAUGGCGUUGUGUCCAGCGGCAACAAUGAAACCAUCGCAGCAGGAGAAAAGAGAUUCUAUAAUAAGCAUGAAAAAAAUAAGGAAGAUUACAAAGGGGGCAAAAAUUACGGAAGUAACAAAAUGAGUGAAGAAAAAGGAAGUUACAAUCACAUCGGAGGAGGAUCUGCAGCAGGAGCAGUUGGAUCGAAGAAGGAUGCAUCUAAGGAUAACCAUAAUAAGGGGGGCACAAAAAAUGGUGAUAUGCAUGUGAAGAAGGCAUAUAACGAUAUGCUUGGACAUUCGAGUAGCGGCAAUAUGGCUAGUCAACAACAACCCCUCGGUAAUAACAAGCAGCAGGGAAGUUACGCUAGUGGAAAAUACCAGAGUAAUGUCGACAAGCGAGUGGGACACAUGAGGAAUGCUGAAGGAGGCAAGGGUGGAAAUGAAAAGAAAUUAAAAAAUGAAGAUGAUAGGAGGAUUAAGGAGAAGGAUAGCAAUAACAUGCUAGCAGGAUCUGGAGGUGGAGCGACAAAGGGUGCGGUGGCCAAAGCAGGAUCCACACCCACGGGAGGAAGCGGAAGUAAUCAUUUUACCGUCUCGAGUAUGAAUGAUCAGGGAGUAGGAACAAAUAACGAUAGCGUGAAUGGUAAGAAUAUGCCAGGUGUUGGAGGCACCGAGGGGGUGAAUGGCCCCUACCCCAAUAAUAACUAUAACGCUAGUGCGAUGAACAACAAAAAUGCAAGCUAUGGGAAUGCGAAGAAUGCAAAAAAUUAUGAUAAGAAGAACACGGAGUUUUCUUCUUGGGUAAAGAUUGCCAAAAUGAAUCCCAAUAAAAAGAAAGGAGAUAAAAGUAGCUUGAACGGACAACAGGAGAGUGGAAGUAAUCACGCUACUGGGGGAGGAGGUGUUGUUGGAGCAAGUUCCGUGGCGAAUGCUAAUUUGAAACACCAUGAUGGUGGUAUCGCAGAGAAGGGAAGCAGUGGUCACCAUGGCAUGGGAGGUGCACCUGGGGUGGCAGACCCAAGUAACAACGCUUUUAACAAUGCGAAGGGUAGAGGUCACAAUAAUGAAAGCGUAGCAGCAGGAGGGUACUCCAAAGGGGGCAGUUCUGCCAUCAACGGAGUGUUGCAUAUGGGGCACGAAAAUGGACCCUUGAGUAAUGUCCAAAGUAGCAGGGAUGGAAAAAAGAGAAAGGAUGAGGAAGAACAAAGAUCAGAGAGACAUAAAGGAAUGACAAAUAAAGUUAUGACGGGAAUGAACAACAACAAUAAUAGUGGUGCUCAUUAUAACAAAUCUGGUAGAAAGGGAAGCGAAGACAAAUGCGAUAACAUGAUGAAUAAUAACGCCAAGAAUAAGAAAUUGGGCUCGUACGGAAGCGGAAGAAAUAAUAGCUACCAUGAUAAGGAGAGUGUCAAAGAGAGGGGAGGUAAAAUGAAGUACGACAAUGGCAGUAGCGGAGGAGUGAAGAAGAUCGAGGCGGUGAAUGAGCGAAAGGGAGGAGGUGUUGGCGGAGGAAGUGCUGUUGCGGGAAGUGGUGGUGCAGGAGGUGGUGUUGCGGGAAGUGGUGGUGCAGGAGGUGGUGUUGCGGGAAGUGCUGCCGGAGGAAGCGGUGGCGGAAAUGUUACGAACACUUCAGGAAAUAUUUAUUCCUCUCACCGACAGAGAGAAAAAAUGAAAAUCCAAAAUGUCGAAAUUAAACAGAUUAAUGAAAAGGUUAUGAAACGAAGAAGUGAUGAUCGCAAAGAGACCGUGACAGAGAAAAAAGGAGGGGCCCAGGAACACAUAAAAAGGGUUGGAGGAACGGGUAGCAGUAGCAAACAUGCAGAGAGGGAGGAACAAUCAGAUGCAGUAAAGAAACAAGGCAGUGACCAUGCGUACGAGGGAAGGACCAAAGCGCAUUGUAACGGGGAAGUAAAAAAUGCUGAGUACGAAAAAGAGGAGGUGGAUGAUCACGAAGCUGCAGUAGCAGCAGGGGCUGGAAGGGACGACGGUGGCAAGAAGAUCCACUUAGCGAAUGCAUGGGGAAGCGGGUUAAGAAGCGAAUCGAGCAGGAAUAAACACGAGGCCUACCAGAAUGACAGCCUGAACGAGAAUAACGCGCAUGCUGGUGGAAGUAGCAGUGGCCAUGAUAAUAACACCCAAAUGAAAAAGGGAGAAAACGAGCAUAUGAACAAGGAAGGCAGCUUUAAGUACGGAGAAGGGCCAAACGAGUACCACAGCCACGCGGCGAACGAGGAUGCCAAUGUGAGUGCCAAUGCCUGCGCGCAUGACAAUCGCUCCGUGUCGACCUACUCCAACUCGAAGAACUCCGUAUGGGAUGGAAAGAUCUCCUUUGCGGAAAUGGCGAAGAGGAAGCCAAAGAAAGAAACGAAGGAGUCAAGGGGAGGAGAUUCGAAGAACUCAAAAUCGGAAUCGUCUCACAACGAUAGGAAGAAUAUGCACCAUGGAUCGAAUCAUAAAGGAGAUAAAUCGUCAAAGAGGAGAGACCAGCGUGGAAAGAGGUAUGGCUCGAACAGCACUAUUCGCGACAAACCAUCAGGAACGACAGUGCAUCACCCCCGAGGAGGUGAAAACAAUGACAAGAAAAAUCACAACAGUGGUAACAUCAAUCAUGGUAGCAAUAGCAACAGCACGAGCAGGGACAGGGACAGUGCCCGGGGAGGUGCAAGCGAAAUGAGAAAGAGAAACGACUUGAAAGAGCACGUAAAAAAAGGAUAUGAUGGUGGAAGCGCGGCACCCAACAUGAGGGAUUCCAGGCGACGCGGAGGAGCCGGAGCAGAUAUGGCGCUAAAGGGUUACAGUAACAAGAGGGUAGAGAAAGAUAUGAUGGACCAUGUAAUGGUUGAUCAGAAUGGCACUCUGUCAGAGGCAGAAGGAUCGGAUGGCGGCUAUCACAGACGCAGAGGCGGGGAAACCAAGAGCCGAUUGCGGGACGGCAUAAUGGAGGAAGAAAAGGGGGAGGCCGACGAAAUGAGCAAGGAUAAUGCAACUGUGGAGGAGGAAGCAGUAGAAGAAGUCGAAGCAGAUGAAGUAGCCGAAGCAGCCGAAGCAGUUGACGUAGCCGAAGCAGCUGAAGGUGACGGCCAGGUUGAGGCCCGUCCCGAUGGCGCCCCCCAGUCGGAUGGUCUCCGACUAGAAAGGGGAAGCCCCAAAAAAAUGCUUCACGGGGUCGCAGAAAGGAUGCGUAGUCCCGUCGCCCAGGAUGAUAGGGAAGAUGCCGAAAUCGUGGAGGGAAAUAAAAUCAUCGGAAGUAACAAUAACGUAACGGAUGAUAGUGCAAGUAGCAGCAUCGCCAAGUUUUCACCCCCAACAGACGGAGAUGCUUCUAUGCAUCGCUCAGAUGAAUGGAGCGAGAAGGGUGCAAAGAGGAACGGAAGGAAAGAAGGAUCAGGAAAACUACUCCCAGAUGGAUUAUCAAAGUAUGAGAAAAUGAAAUUAGAAAAUGCAGAGGAUGAUUUGGAGGCAGUGGCCUGUGAAGCAGAGCGCCGUGGCAUCCAAAUCGGAGGGGCGAAGAAGGCGCACGUAAUAAGUAGUAGCGCUGGUGAUCAUCUCUCCGACAAGAAGGAAAUGAACACUCAGGGGGUGCAAAAUAACAGGUUUAGUGCCCUCAUGAAUGGUAAGAUGUCGGAGCCAAGUGGAGACUCGAAAUAUGUGCGCGAGGGUAGCAGCAAUCGUGCGGUGAAGAAAAAGGGAGGAUUGAACAGUGUAAGUAAUGAAAGGGGAGUAGAAGGCAGGGCAGAAAAUGCGGGAACGGGAAAAUGCCUGGUGGAGGAGGAAACGAAGUCGGCCAUUACCAUCGACACGGAAGAAUCGGUGAAGGUAGUAGCCAAGUCGUCGAACGAAGAUUUGGUGGCAGCAAAAAAUGAAAAGAACAAAGCUGGAGGAAAGAAAAAGUAUGGCUUCUUUAGCGAUAUUAAGAAGUGGGCCAAGGGAAAACUGACCGAUGGGGGAGGCGCGACAGAUGUCGCCCCGCAGGAGGAGAAGAAGAGCAAGGGGGAUGGAAGUAAGGAUGAGGUAACGAGCAAAGUAGACGUAACGAGCAAAGUUGACGAAACGAGCAAAGUUGACGUAACGAACAAAGAUGGCGCCCCGAGUAAGGACAACCAGAUUGACACCAGCGUGGGAAGCGCAGGCGAUAGGGGCGAGGUGCCGAAAAAGGCGGACGAUGUGGUGCCAAGUGUCGACGUGAGCGGCGUGAGCGGCAGCGCGGAUGCCGUGGCAGCCAGCUUGAACAGCGAAAAGAAGGAGGCCCCGUCCGGUGGCGAGAAAGAGGAAAUGAGUGGAAGCAACGUGGUAGCAGCGAACGUGGCAGCAGCGAACGUGGCACCAGCGAACGUGGAGGCCAAGAGCAAAGCUGAUGGGCUGCUAGACUCGCUGGAAAAAAAAGCAGAUGAAGUUGAAGCCGAAAAAGCGAAUGAAAAGGUGGCAGCGCAGAAUGAGAAAGAUCAUGAAGAAGCAGAGAGGGAAAAGGAGAGACAACGAAUGAAACAAAUGAAGCUGGAGAAAAUGGGGAAGAGUAAAAUAUACUCUAAAAUUGAUUUGCUAGAAAUUUUUGUCGGAAAUAAAUGGAACACUGGAGAGGAGAGAUUUAAUUUUAUGUUGUCGUAUAAUCCUGAUGUGGAUUGUCAUAAAAUGGGAAGCAACAUGAUGGGUUCUUGCAACAUAAAUCAUAUGGAUACAAAUGGAAUGCACACGAAUAAUCACAUGGGUGGUGGUGGCCAUGCACACGAGGGAAAGAAUAGCAUGUACAGUAAGAGGUAUAUGAAUGCUGGAGGCCCAGGAGGAGGAGGACACGGAAGUGGUGGAAGCGGAGGUAUGGGUAAUAACUACAUGGGUGGAAAUAAUAAUCAUGGUAAUAACAGUGGCAAACAGUUUGGAAUGAACUCAGGUGGAGGCAAGAAUAAUGACGAUGUGUGGAGAUAUGCUCAAGGAGGUAAGAACAACAUGAAUAAUAUUGGGCACUUUGGAAACGGUGGAAUUAAUAUGAGCAUGAAUUAUGGUGAUAUGAAUCACAGUAGUGGAGGUAACAACAUGAUGGGGUCUGCUUCUGGAGGUAAAGGAGGUAUGGGAUCCGGAAGCGGAGGUAUGGAUGGACACAAUGCAGGUAGCGGUGGGUUAGGAAAAAUGGGUCAAGCAAAUUUAGAGUGGAGAAAAAAUGAAGGAGAUAAAUUGAAAGGAUUCUUUGAUUCUACACGUGCUGUUGAAUCGCCAGAUGCAUGGAGACAUAACAACCACAGCGGAGGAGGAGGAGGAUCUUCCGGUGGAGCAACCAAAACGGUGGCAGAAAAUACAUGGCUCUUGAAGCAAAAUCAAUUAAAAGCAGAUAAGUAUACAUGUAUGAUGAGGAAGUUGAGAGGUAUACUUAACAAACUGACAUUCGAAAAAUUUGACCUCCUUUAUGAACAAAUAAUCCUAGUAGGAAUAACCAAAUUAGAAGAAAUCAUAGGUUUAAUGAAAUUAGUUUUCGAGAAGGCAGUAACUCAACAUCAUUUCGUACAGAUGUAUGUCCAACUGUGUAAAAAAUUGAAUGUCCAUUUUCAAAAUAUGAAAUUAGAAGAUGAUAGUGUUGUUCAAUUUAAAAAAAUUUUAAUUAAUCAAUGUCAAGAUUCUUUUGAAAAUAAUUUAAAACCAAUUGAAUAUCCAAGUCAUUUAACGAAUGAAGAGGAACGAUUUGAAUUUGAGCAGAUGCACAAAAAUAAGGUUAGAGGAAAUAUGCUAUUCGUUGGAGAGUUAGUUAAAUCUGGAAUCAUUUCUAUACCUAUUGUCUUUGUUUGUAUUAAGCAACUGUUGGAGAAAAGGGAGAGUUAUAUUUCUGCUAAAAAUGAUACCAAUGAAGGAAACCUACAUUUGGAAGCUCUAUGCAUGUUUCUUAACACCGUGGGGGAAAUUCUUGAUACACAUGAAAAGGCCAACCAGGAAAAGGUAAAGGAAUUGUAUAAUACUCUGCACGCUUUGAUAAAUGAUGAGAGUAUUACCUUCCGUGUCAGAUGUCUUAUCAAAGAUGUUAUUGAUAACAGAAAUGAGAAAUGGAAUAAAAAAUUUGCUCAUAAGUUGGAGGGACCUACCACUCUUAGUGUAUUGCAUGAUAAAAUACUAAAAGAAUCUAUUGACCAAAGUAGCAGAAGUUUUAAUAGCAGCAGCAAUAACAUGGGUAAUUAUCACGACAGCAAGAUGAACAGUGCCCUCAGUAAUAUGAGGAAUAAUCUCCUUCGCAACGUCAAUUUUAAUAUGAAUAGUAGCAACAGUGGUGGGGGUAGUAACGUCGGAGGUGGUGGACUUGGUGGUAACAGCAACAGCAGCAAUGCCAAUUCGGGCUUUGGCAUGAUGAAUAUGAGGAACCUCGGUGGGGGAAUGAAAAAUAUGGACGCAAAUAAAAAUAUGAAGAAGCUGUCCCUAAAUUUGAUGAAGGCCAAAAAUGCCAGUGCGUCAAAAAUGAUGGGCGACGAUAUGGUCAAAGGCGUAGGCGGAAUAGGCGGUGCAGGAGUAGGCGGAAUGGGCGGCGCUGGAGCAGGCGGAAUGGGCGGCGCUGGUGGGGCAGGGCAGGACGGAGCCAAUGCCGGUGGCAGCUUCUUCGAUAUGAUGUCAAAGAAUCACUUCGCCUUCAAGAAUAGCCACCAGGCCUUUAUGAAUAACGAAAGUGGUAAUAGCGGUAACGCGGCGAGUGGCGCGGGUAACAGCGGCACGAACAGUGGCAGCAGUGGAGGCGCCUUCUUUAGCAGCCUGAAUUCAAGGUUCCCCGCAAAGGAGAAGAGCGCCAACAGUGGCAGCGCCAAUGAGGGCAAGUUCUUCAUGCGAAACUUUAACUUGAAGAAGAGCGGCGCGGGAGGCAGUGCAGUUGGAGGUGCCGCUAUUGGAGGUGCUGCUAUUGGAGGUGGCACCGUUGGCGGCGCUGCGAAUGAUGCGACGGGCAAAACUGAAGAGCAUCCCAAUGACGCCUCCACCGCCGCGAUCGCCUCCACCGCCGCGAUCGCCUCCACCGCCGCAGAACCCCUGAGUGCAGGCGGAAGGGGCUCCCCGAAUGACGGCGCGGAAAAGAGCGGCCAAACGGCGGGAACACCCAACGCAGGGGCAAACGGGGCAAACGGUGCAAACGGUGCGAACGGUGCGAACGGUGCGAACGGUGCGAACGAUGACUACGCCUUCAAGGAGGAGUACCUCCCCAAGGUGAACGAAAUACUGGAGCUAUCCACCAUCACAGGAUCAGACGAAUGGGAAACCCUGACCAAAAAAAUCGAAAAUUUGAAUAUCCCCCCGAAAUUUAAUGAGAAACUACAAGCGCAUAUUUUAAAGCUUACCCUUAAGAAAUACGCCUGCAACAAAAACGUGGAAAAAAGUGCCGAUUAUUUUGACUGGCUCAUCUCGAUUGUCCUGUUGAAUAAAAUCGAUUUGGAAUCAUUUAAGCCUUGUUGGAAGGCCUUCAUGCUGGAGAAUGACGAAAACAGCUAUGAGUGCACCAAGGAGGACUACCCCCUCCUGCCUUUCCUCGCGAAGAAUUUCAUCAAGUCGAUUGAAUUGCAUGACACGAAUCAUCUACUCUACGAUGCGGCCACCAUCGACCAAAUGAAGAGCGUCAUUUGA